AUGAGGAAGAAAGUAAGGACGGAGAAGAAGUUAUGGACGGAGAAGAUGUUAAGGAAGGAGAAGAAAUUAAGGAAGGAGAAGAAGUUAGGGAAAGAGAAGAAGUUUGGGAUGGAGAAGAAGUUAAGGAUGGAGAAGAAGUUUGGGAUGGAGGAGAUGUUUGGAAUAGAGGAGAAGAAUCGAAGUAUGGAGAAGAAAAUAAGGAAGAAGAAGUUUAGGAAGGAGAAGAAGUUAAGGAAGAAGAAGUUUUGGAUGGAGAAGAAGUUAAGGAUAAAGAAGAACAAUGAAGUUAAGGAAGCAGAAGAAGUUAAGGAGGAUGGAGAAGAAGUUAGGGAAGGAGAAAAAGAAGGAGAAGAAGUUAAGGAAGAAGAAGAAGUUUUGGAUGGAGAAGAAGUUAAGGGUAAAGAAGAAAGUAUGGAUGGGGAAGGAGUUUGGGAUGGAGAAGAAAUGAAGGAGGGAGAAAUGAUUAUGGAUGGAGAGGAAGUUAAGGAAGGAGAAGAAAUUAGGGAUGACGAAGAAAGUAAGGAUGGAGAAGAAGUUAUGGACGGAGAAGAUGUUAAGGAAGGAUGGAGAAGAUUUAAGGAAGCAGAAGAAGUUAAGGAGGAUAGAGAAGAAGUUAGGGAAGGAGAAAAAGUUAAGAAUGAAGAACAAGUUAGGGAAGGAGAAGAAGUUAAGGAUGGAGAAAUAGUUUGGGAUGGGGAAGAAGUGAAGGAAUGA